AGAACCUUAAAGAAGAGAAUAUAAAUAAGGAGAUGUGCAAAAUGAGUCAGCAAGAGCAGGAGAACUCAAUAUUAAGUUUAAGCAGAAAAAAACUAAAGAAUUUACAACUACUGACAAAUGACGUGCGCUUGCAGGAGUAAAGGGCAGCCCAGUCUCUAAGACCGUGGGGGCCAUGAUUCCACCUCGAAGUUUACCUCCCACCCUGUAGGGGUAAUUACCAUCGGUCCAGCGCAACAGAAUUCUGUUACCCCUGCGCGCGUACUGAGAUAGCACGGGACAACACACGCGCACAACUUUUCUUCAAUGAAACACGGAGACUGCGGUUGACCGAAGAUGCCGAGGAAACAUUUAGAGCAUUCGCAGCUGUAGAACUGGAAAUCAAGAGUCACUUCAGGCCAUGGAGUUUGGGCGGGUUUAUUCGAGACAUCAGAAAACGGUGCUGCUAACGAUGAUGUUCAAAUUGGGAAUAUUCUCUGCAGCGACUGCCGACAUCUGCGCAUCCUCUCCAUGUCAACACGGAGGCACGUGCAUAGAUGAAGUGACCGACUACACAUGCAUCUGCCCGGAAGACUCCCGUCUUUAUACAGGUAAAGACUGCGCACUCCUAUAUGACCCCUGCGUCCACGCCAGUUGUCCCAAUUGCAGCAGUGUCCCUGGGACAGAGAACUACACCUGCCCCUGCACCGAGGGAGUGGAAAGCCCUGGCUGCACCCAGAACAUCGACGACUGCGUGGGCAACCCCUGCGCCGGGGUUAAGAGCCGCUGCGUGGAUGACGUGGCCGGCUAUUCCUGCCACUGCCCCAGAGGUUACGACGGCGAGGACUGCCAGACACGCCUAAGCGACUGCACGGAUGACCCGUGCUCCAACAACGGCACGUGUGUCCCGACGCCGGACGGCUUCACGUGCCUGUGCGGCCCGGGUUUCCAGGGGAACCACUGCGAGCACGACACCGACGAGUGCCUAUCCCAGCCUUGCCAGAAUGGCGCCAUCUGCCUUCAGGGCAUAGACAUGUACAUGUGCUUCUGUGUGCCUGGAUUUCAAGGCUACCACUGUGAGAUAGACAUCAACGAGUGCGCCUCGCAGCCCUGCAAGAACAACGGGACGUGCGUCAACAGGAAGGACCGCUAUACUUGCGACUGUUUGUUGGGAUUCAAAGGAGUGAACUGCGAGGUAGAGAUAGACGAGUGCGAGGGGGCGCCCUGUCAGAACGGCGCGACGUGUCGGGACUACGUGGGGCUCUACACGUGCGAGUGCGCGCCCGGUUACGAAGGCGAGGACUGCGAGGUGGAUAUCGAUGAGUGUGCCGCCGCCGCCUGCCUGAACCGCGGCACAUGCGUCGAUAUGGUGAACAGCUAUGUGUGUGACUGCAACGGAACGGGGUUUGUUGGGGAGUUCUGUGAGGAGGAUAUUCUCGAGUGUGCCUCUGAUCCCUGCCAACAUGGAGCUACCUGUCAGGAAGGGGUUAACCAGUACACCUGCCUCUGCUGGCCAGGUUACGAGGGAGCCAACUGCGAGGUGGACGUGGACGAGUGUGAGCCCGAGCCCUGCGAGAACGGUGGCGUGUGCGUCCAGCACUCACAGGCCCACCACUACGGUGUCCUGCCCGGGCUGCCUGAGACCUUCAGCUACGAGCACGCCAAUGGCUUCCUGUGCCGCUGCCCAGCGGGCUUCGCAGGCGACAACUGUUCGGUGAACGUGGACGAGUGUGCAUCUGCGCCGUGCAAAAGUGGUGGAAGAUGUGAGGACCUGAUCAAUGCAUACCGGUGUGUGUGCCCUCCAGGGUUUGAAGGUGUAGUCUGUGAGAGCAACAUUGACGAGUGCAAAAGCACGCCAUGUAAGAACAGAGCCUUUUGUGAGGACGGCAUUAAUGAGUACAUCUGCCAUUGCCGCGCCCCCCCCCCUGAACAGCCGCCUUGGGGCGGCCGUGAUUGUGACACUCUGCUGGUUGGCUGCGUGGACCAGCCCUGCCAAAACGGAGGCACCUGUUUGCCUUUGUUCCACGAAGACCAACACCAUUACAUCUGCAAGUGCCCUCCUGGUUUCCAUGGUGACCGGUGCACGGUCCCCACUACUUUUUCCAUCUCCACAGCAGACCAUGUGCUCGUGGAGGUUCCACGAAACAGGACUGCUAGGGAGGCGGGGCCUCACACACUCACUGUCGCACUGAGGUUCCGGACAGCUUUACCGGAUGCGGUGCUGUUCUUCAGAGGAAGGGCAGAUCAUUUCUUCACACUGGAGAUGACUGGUGGAAGUCUCCUAGCUACUGCAGAAACAGCAAACUUACAGCUGGAGCUGCAGCUCCCGGGCGACUUCAACGACGGACUGUGGCAUGAAGUUUUCGUCUCUGUGGAUGGCAAACAUAUUCGGAUUUCAAGGGCUGGGAAUGUCACGGGUCCCGUAACCAGGGACCACAAGCAGCCUUUUCACACGCAGGGUCUGGAGGAACUGUAUAUUGGUGGAGCCCCACAGGAUUGCUUGAACAAAACAAAGACUGGGAAGGGCUUCAUCGGCUGCAUGGAGGACCUCAUUGUUGACACUCGGCCCAUUCUACCCCAGAACGUCUUUCCACAGCUGGGCUGUAACAAGACAGAAUGGUGCGAUCCAGACCCUUGCUCCCAGCAGGGCCACUGCGUUGACCUUUGGACUGAGUACAGGUGUGACUGCCACAGGCCCUUCUACGGAGUCACCUGUGCCCAUGAGCACACUCCAUGGACGUUCAGCCACGAGAAGAAAAGAAGCUUCGCUGCUUUCCCUAUAACUCGGAACCAUGGCGGCAACGUUACCGUGUCAUUCUUCCUGAAAUCGCUCAAGCACGACGGCCUGGUUUUCCAGCUGAGGCGGGGGGACCGAGCCUACUUCACCGUGUUCUUGAAGGGAGGCGUGGUCUACGUUGCCAUGUCCUCCUCCGUCCAAGGGAUUCCGAAGCUUGUCACGGACGGGAACAAGGCUCUGGUUGCCGUCGACAUCCAAGGAGGAUUCUUGUACAUCAAUCGCACAGAAUUCCUUUUUAGUGCUGGGAAUUUUACAGCGUUCGAAGUGAAGGCAGGAGACAUGGUGUAUCUUGGUGGGCUUCCAGAAGCGAAUGAUACCGUGCCAUGGGGUGGGCACUUCAAAGGGUGUCUACAGGAUGUGCGGUUGGAUGACACUCAGCUAUAUAUGUACUUGGACAGAAACGCCACAAAACCCGAGCAUACGACGUACUUGCGAAGUGUUUUGCAUGACGUACUGGAGCACUGUGUCAGCGACCAAGCAUGUAUGGUGCAGCCUUGCCUGAAUGGAGGGAAAUGCCAGCUCAAAUGGAACGACUUUGUGUGUUCCUGUCCACUGAACUACACUGGGAAGACUUGUGAGACUCGGGUGUGGUGUGCUAGUGAUCCAUGCAUCUUGGGAAGCUGGUGUGUGGACCUGCCCGAUGGAUAUGAAUGCUUGGCUAACGCUACAUUUGAGAACAAUGCUUUAAAGUACAAUGCCAAUGGCUCUCUGUCCGCCUCUGUGACAACGGUGUCCGUGGACCUGAGGACUCGCGCAGAGAGCGGGACCGUCCUGCGCGCCACCGAUGGCCUGAGGUUCUUCAGCCUGGGCCUCUGGAACUCCACCUUGCUGCUGAAGAUCCGCAGCGGUGACAGCCCAGAAGAGCUGGCCUUCAACGGCACCGUGGUUUCUGACGGAGAGUGGCACAGGGUGAAGCUCUCGCGCAGCGGCUCACGGCACGCCGCGUGGCGCUGGGUGCUUGACGUGGACGGGCACGUGACUGGCUUCAUCCAGGCUGACGCCACCAACCUGGACUUCUUCAACCAUUCCACGGUGUGGCUGGCGGAGAACUUCACCGGGUGUCUGGGGGAGGUGAGGGUUGGGGGUCUGCAUCUGCCACUGGUGGAAGGCGCGAAGGACGAACGGCCGCAGUCCUCGCGCUUCGUCCUCUACGGGGGCGGGAUGGGGCCGCAGAUGGGGUGCGCCGGCGCCCCCCUGUGCCUCUCACGGCCGUGCCUCAACAACGGCUUGUGCCGGGACCUUUUCAACCGCUACAGCUGCGAGUGCGCCCCGGGCUGGGAGGGAGAAGUCUGCCAAAAUGCCAAAGACGAGUGCGCCUCUGGUCCUUGCGUCCAUGGGACCUGCAGGGACCUGUUAGGGGAAUAUCAGUGCGAGUGUGCCCGGGGCUACGGGGGUCGCCGCUGUGAGGAGGAUGUGGACGAAUGCCAGGAGCAACCCUGCGCCAACGGCAGCUUCUGUCAGAACACAGUGGGUGGAUACACCUGCAUCUGUAUGCCACCCUACGGUGGCCAACACUGCCAGUGGCCUUUCCCCUCUCCACGGUGUGAAGAUGUGCAGUGUGCUAAUGGAGGCGUGUGUACAGACAGCGUCUUAUGGACCAACUGCACCUGCAAACCUGGCUACACAGGAGACAGAUGCGAGGUGGAAAUAGAUGAGUGCAUCUCCAACCCCUGCCUCAAUGGCGCCACCUGCGUGGACAGGCCGAGCCGUUACCUGUGCGACUGCUUGCCGGGCUUCAGCGGCGCCAACUGCGAGACCCCCAGGAAGCCGCAGGGAGAGCGCGUGCCCUGGCUGCUGGUGGCCCUGCCGCUCGCGUGUCUGGGCGCACUGCUGGCCGCGGCAGGACUGGUGUGCAUGGCGCUCACCGCCCGAAGGAAACGGCGGUCUGAGGGCACCUACAGCCCGAGCCAGCAGGAAGUGGCUGGAGCACGGCUGGAGAUGGGCAGUGUGCUCAAGGUACCCCCCGAGGAGAGGCUGAUCUGACCAGGACCUUCAACCUUCGGCCCUUGGGGCGGUUAAAAAGGACACGGAAUGCAGAUGGUGUGAGUGUGGUUUCUGAGUGCGACACCGAGCAGUAUUUGGGACCGUCACAGUGAGUGACUAGACUCGUGACAAAGCCAUCGGGGUUGGCUUGUGAUUUUUGAGGUACAAUUGGCUGGAUGAUAAAGAGUGAAGUGACUGAAAUGAUGAGACUUUAUCAGUUCAUGCUGUCUGGUUUACAUUUUCUAUAACAAAGAAAUACAAAAAAAAUGUCUAGAUAAAGCUGGAUAUAUGUAUACUAUUUAAAUGACAAAUCUUUAUUUCUCCAUUCAAGCUUCUCAUGUACAAAACAUUUGAAACAGCCGGAUAUUUAGUUCCUAAAAAUGAAACUCAGAAUGUGUUAAUGAAUCAGUUGGCAAAGUGAAUCACAAAUGCUGCAGAACUUUACCUUUCCUGCAGUGCAGUCCAUGUGAAGGACUGGGUCAUUUCCCAGCUGUAGAUGAAUUCAUGAUGCUGUAGUUUUAGUCUGUGAAGAGUAGCUUACACUGUGCUCAUAUAUAACAGUCUUACCUGCCUGCGUUAUAGCUCUUUGCUGAACGUUGGUAUGCUAUUGGUCACUUUUUUACAAAAACAAAACUGAAGUCAAGGAAAGUUAAUUACUAGUUUAAAAUGUGACAACUUGUAAAUAAAAAUAAAACGAACCAUUGUUAGGUGAAUAUUAAAAACAAAUACACGUAUUUAUUUAUGAGCUCACUGUUCGCCAGUUUGAGAAAUAAUUUUUAUAACGAAGAAAGGAAUUAAGUGCACAUGCCUCUUUUUUACUAGCUACCUAAAUAUUUUUUUUACAAAGUCAUUUUAUAUUUCUGAAAAUGUUGGUGUUUUUUUUUUCCUUCAGAAAGCGUGUUUAUAGUUUUGUUCUAGUCAUAUUAACAAGCUAGGUGUCAUUUAGAGCUGUUUAUAAAGUUUUUAUGUGCACGUGCCAGUCACUGGAUAAUGCUCCACACACGCUGAAGUGGUGGUGUGCCCUCACAUGUUUGGUGUGUAGACUGUUACAUAUUUAACACUGGACUCUUUUCUUCACAUCAUCAUUUGUCUUGCGACAUUCAGGUUGAUGAAUACACUGAAUAAUUCUAUGUGUUUUUUCCACAUUUGUAAUGUGAGAUUGGAUAAUUGUAACUAUAUUUUUGUUUUGUUGUAUUUUUGUCUUUUUUUAAUUUAGUGUACAUUUUUCAAAACUAAUUUGAUGAUGAAUAGGUUAUAGUUUGUACUAUCACAAGAACCAUGUUAUUAUUUUAAAUGGGGUACUUUAAAUUUGGAGGUUAUUAUUUUUGUCAAUUGAUAAUAAAACAAAAGGUUUAAUAAAACUC